UUCCCGCGCCUGGUGGUGCGGAGGGCGGGGGUGGUCGCGCCCGAGUUUCUGCUGCUGUUCUUCCCCUUCCGGUGGGGCCAGGCGCUGCCGCAGACGUUCAUGGAGGGCGACACGCUGCGGGUGGACAUCGGCGGGCAGCGCGACGUGCUUGCGAUCCACAGGCGCCGGGUGGAGAUGCCCGGGAGGACGGUGUCCCUGCGGGAGUUCACCCUGGAGCGAGACGGCCAGGUCCUGCUGGACUACCGCGGGCUGAUCGAGCCUGUGGACAUCCCCAGCGCUGCCGGCGGCGAGGGCGGCUGA